GUGCUGAUACGAGACAUCUUCCGCAAGAGCAAGCACGACUGGCGCUACACCGACCUCUUCGGGCAGCCCUCCUACUGCUGCGUGUGCGCCCAGCACAUCCUCCGCGGCGCCUUCUGCAACUGCUGCGGGCUGCGCGUCAGCGAGGGCUGCCUCAAGAAGGCUGACCGGCGAUUCCUCUGCAAGGAAAUCGUGCUGAGGAGCAACGGUGGAGCCCCCGGCUCCAUGCCGCACCACUGGAUCAGGGGCAACGUGCCGCUGUGCAGCUGCUGUGUGAUGUGCAAGCAGCAGUGCGGCACGCAGCCCAAGCUCUGCGACUACAGGUGUGUGUGGUGUCAGUAUACUGUACAUGAUGAAUGCAUGGUGGAUCGUUUGAAGACUGAGGAGUGUACAUUUGGAGAAUUUAGAGACUUAGUUAUUCCACCAUACUAUUUGUCUACAAUCAACCAGAUGCGUAAAGACAAAAGAACCAAUUAUGAAAAGGUAGUACCUUACUGCAGAAAACACUGGAUGCCUGUAAUCAUACUGGCUAAUACUCGUAGUGGAAACAACAUGGGUGAAACUUUACUAGGAGAAUUUAAAAUUCUAAUUCAUCAUAAUGCUCUAGAAACACUGUUCUUAGGACUCUGUCAGCUCAGUUUAUCAAUGGUCUUUGAUCUAAGCAAAAUUGCACCUGCUAAAGCACUCCAACUUUGCACCUUGCUGCCUUGCAAUGCUGUCAGGGUUCUGGUCUGUGGUGGGGAUGGCACAGUAGGCUGGGUCCUGGAUGCAAUUGAUGAAAUGAAGAUAAAGGGGCAAGAACGUUAUAUUCCACAAGUUGCAAUUUUACCUCUGGGAACAGGCAAUGACUUGUCUAAUACACUGGGCUGGGGUGCAGGGUAUGCUGGAGAAGUCCCUGUGGAACAAAUCUUACGAAAUGUCAUGGAGGCAGAUGGAAUCAAACUGGACAGGUGGAAGGUUCAAGUAACAAACAAAGGAUAUUACAACUUAAGGAAACCAAAGGUAUUCACAAUGAACAACUACUUUUCCAUAGGACCUGAUGCUCUCAUGGCUUUAAAUUUUCAUGCUCAUCGUGAGAAGACUCCUUCUCUCUUUUCCAGCAGAAUUAUUAAUAAGGCUGUUUAUUUUUUUUAUGGAACCAAAGACUGCUUAGUACAAGAAUGUAAAGAUCUUAACAAAAAGGUGGAGCUAGAGUUGGAUGGUGAGAGAAUCGAGUUGCCCAAUUUGGAAGGCAUCAUUGUCCUGAAUAUUGGAUACUGGGGAGGUGGCUGCAGGCUCUGGGAAGGAAUGGGUGAUGAGCCUUACCCUUUGGCAAGACAUGAUGAUGGACUUCUGGAAGUUGUUGGCGUCCACGGUUCCUUCCACUGUGCCCAGAUUCAGGUGAAACUGGCCAAUCCUGUCCGCCUAGGCCAGGCACACACAGUGAGGCUGAUCCUGAAGAGCUCGCAGAUGCCCAUGCAGGUGGACGGGGAGCCCUGGGCGCAGGGGCCCUGCACGGUCACCAUCACGCACAAGACGCGCGCGCUGAUGCUGUGCCACGCGGGGGAGCAGAGCGACGACGACGCCUCCAGCACCUCUGAGCCAGAGCAGGGCAGAGAACAGACAGAUGAAGAUGUGUAG